GAUAAGCCGCGGGGGUUGAAAAAGUUGAUUAAUUACAAUCUCAGCUGAUUUGGCUCUCGUAACAUUAACAAACUUCGUUCUCAAUGAAAGUUCGCUGACUAAUUAAUGAAUUUGGACUUCCUGUUGAAAAUCCAGAGCGAAAGCAUCUGUUGUUUCCUCACGAAACAGUUGGCUAGUUGUCAAAGCAAGGAUAUAGCUGACAAGCAAUUGGAUUAGAGGUGCUGAAAGGUAGAAAUCUCUUUAGCACGUUCGUGCACGUUUCCCUUUCCUUGCGGCUGAGACGCAAUAGAGAUACUUCAAAAGACAUUUCGUCUUCGUAAACAGAAUGUACGGUGACAACACGCAUCGUAUCUGCAAAUACGCUUUUUGUCUUUUUCUGCUUCAACUGGCCGUAGCCCAAGACCAAACCCCAGCCAAGACAUGCCCUGCCCCAGAAGCUCCUAAAAAUGCUAUAACAGUGGGAAACAACACAGUUGGCUCAACCGUCAAGUUCUUGUGUAAAGAAGGUUUUUUUCGACUUGGAAGACCAUUUACAAUCACAUGUCAAUCAGAUGGACAGUGGACUAAACCUGAUGUGUCAUGCGUAGCCGUAAGCUGUGGAGAUCCAGGAUCUCCCGUUAAUGGCAAACGUGAAGGCUGGUUGUUCCAGUUUGGCAACACCGUCAAUUUCACAUGCUUGCCUGGGUAUGAGCUAGAAGGACCCAAGACAAGAACCUGCCUUGCCAAUCAAACAUGGAGCGAGACACAGCCGAUUUGCAAACCUAUCACGUGUGAGGACCCGCCAGCGGUGGCUGAGGCGGAGAUGUUCGGCGGCGGCUUCGUGUUCGGAGCGCACGUGCAUUACACGUGUCACGAAGGUUACCAAAUGCAAGGACCAGACAAUUUGGCAUGUGGAGAACAAGGAGAGUGGAUUGGUGAAGUUCCCGUUUGUACAGUAAUAACCUGUGCAGACCCUGGUAUACCGCAGUAUGGUUCAAGAAAUGGAAGCGAAGAUUUCAAGUAUGGCGCGAAAGUCUCUUUUCGCUGCAACAAAGGGUACAUCAUAUAUGGGUCUCACGAGCGGAGCUGCGAUGGUGAAGGGGAGUGGACUGGGGUACAGCCGUAUUGCGUUGCGUGCGCUGGAGUUGACACGCCUGUUUUCAUCAGGAAAGGUGUUCGUUUUCUACGUGGAUUAGUCAAGGAAAAACGCGAAAACGUCGUCACAGUGUUGACAGAAUCUUCUGAUGAGGAAAAGGACAUCGUGAUCUAUGGACAAGGGACGCAGCAUUACAUUAUGGUAGAGGACAUUCUUCCGUCUCCGAGGCACGUCUUUUUGGGAACCCGAGUCAUAGCAAAACACGUGCGAACUGGAAAGUACACCUUCGCUAGAAUUGACGCUAUCAAUGGCGACAAAUAUUCUGUCACCUUCGAGGACAAACAAGUAACCGAAGGAAUAGUGGCUGUCGAGUCUAUCCGCAAUUUGUAUCCCCCGACGUUUUGUGCAACGUGCCCAGACCCAGGAAGCCCAGAGAAGGGCUUUAGAGAAGACAGACUGGAGGAAUUCAUUGUAGGGACAGAAGUGGAGAUUGGUUGUGAGAUUAAUACCAAGUUGAAUGGCACAAGUAAACGAAAAUGUCUGCCCAGCGGAGAGUGGACGGGAGAACAACCAACUUGCGUGAUCACCUAUUGUUGGGAUCUCGAUGUCCUUCCUCCCAGGAAUGGAAAAAGAACUGGUAACGACUUUGGUAUUGGCAGCAUUGUAACUUUUUCUUGUGAUGAAGGCUACGAGCUGGAUGGAGAAUCGAAGCUAACCUGUCGUUCAGAUGGUCAGUGGUCUGAUAUGGUGCCCUUGUGUAAAGAUCGCUGCGAGGGUGUGUCUUGUAAAGCUUGGGAGAAGUGCGUUUAUGACAGCAGCAAUGGCGUCAGAUGUGUCUGUCGUGAUAACCUGGAAUGCCCAGCUGAUUUCCAACCAGUGUGUGGCUCGGAUGCAAAUAAUUACAAUAAUGACUGCAUUAUGAAGGCGACAGCUUGUAGACAAGGCAAAGAGAUGGAGAAGACUGCAGAUGGUCCGUGCACUCCAGGAGCAAUUUGUCAAAUCGUUCCAUCCAGCAAUUGCAGGGGGUAUUUUAGAAACUUUUAUUUCAACUUGGAGACCAAUGCGUGCGAGCCGAUCGUCGCCGGUGGCUGCCACCCAAGUGGCUGGAAUGGCUUCACCACUAUAGAAGAUUGCAACCGCACUUGUUCAGUGGAUGUGUGUGCUCAGCCAGCUGACACAGGACCUUGUGAGAAGAAGACAAUUCGAUGGGCGUUUCACUCAAAAGCAGGACGCUGCAAGCAAUUCAAAUAUGGAGGCUGUUUUGGUAAUGAAAAUAACUUUGACACAGAAGAAAAAUGCAAUAAGCGAUGCCCACCUAAAGCUAAACCAAGUGAAAACUGCCCGAAGUGUGUCCAAAUGAAAGUCGGCGGGGUUUGCCGAGGAAGUAAUAUUGCCUUUAUCGCCAAGGUCAAGAAUAUAUUGCCAGAAGACCCGGCAAAGAAACAUGUCCGCUAUUUGGUUGCAAUAAAUAAGGUGCUAAAGAACACCAAUGGGUCCCUUCCUGAGGGGGACGCGGUCGUCAGUGUCCCUUAUGAUAAGUCACCAGACUGCCCCUGCCCUUCGCUACCCGGCAAGACUUUCAUCCUGGUGGGUAAUGUUGUAAUUGAAUCCAGAGAGGAAGUCCCCAAACCGGGUCUUAUCCUCUCUCAGCGAGCAUUUGUGCAAAAGUGGAACAAGGAUAACAAAGAUUUUCUCGCAAAGUUGCAGAGAAAAUGUGGCGAACAUAUGGAUUUCAAAGGACUGAUUUAAACUGAAUUCUCUUAAUCCGUUUUAGCUAAGACGCCUACAUUGUUACUGUUGCUGUUAGGGUCUUUUUUGUUUGUUUGUUUGUUUGUUUGUUUUUUGUAAUUAUUAUUUCAUUUUUUCGCUUACAUGUAACAAGUAAAUUUAGGGAACUGUAGAGGUAAUAUGAGGUCCAUAUUUCAAGCAAGGUAUUUUUUGGCUCGUAUCAUCUCUGGGUUUAUUUGCUUUCCAGUUUUGUAAGAACGCGACUUGAACAGGGCCUAGACUGAGAAAAUCGCUCUAAAAACCGCUUGCUCUGUUCCUUCUCUGGACCCACGUAAGUUCAAUCCAUUAAGUUAAGCUCUUGAAUAAAAAGAAAAUAAGCCUAGCAGUAAAUUCCUUAAUUGAAUUUAGUAUAAUCGCCAUCAGCUAUGAAGCUUUAUUAUAGUAACUAUGCUUGUAAACCUUAUGCUUGUAGUAAAUAAAACUGCUCAUUGUAAAACA